UUUCUGAGGACGAAAAUGUUGAGACAGAUAGAAGAGAGUGAUCGUGGUAGAAGAGCUCAAUGGAGUUUGUUUGCUCGUAAGGGAAGAUGAACGAAACCUUGACAGUGACAGGAGUUUUAUGAGGAGUACGUUAACGUUAAAAUUUAUCUUGCUCUUUUGCAAACUGCGAAUUAUAGGACGUUAUUUUGCCAUACUGUUAACGUCCCUUUAUGUAUCUUCUAAUGUGACGCAACAGCAUCAGUGGAUCCACAACCAGGAUCUUUUGAACAAUAGGACAGCUUUACUGAUGUACUGGACGUUAGAUAUUAAACGCAGGAAAGCUCUGUUAAGUAUAAACAGAUUUGUUUUUGAAUAAGGUGUAGUGUUUGGUAGCACUGGUGGGCUGAGAUUUCUAACACAAGUCCAUCGAUAAACAUUUGCAUGAUGUACCAGAAUGGGUCAUCGGGCUGAUAUGAAAAUGAACCACAGGAGCAGUCCAGCAAAAGCUUAUGAUUUCCUUCUGAAAUUCCUGCUGGUUGGAGACAGUGAUGUGGGGAAAGGAGAAAUACUGGCCAGUUUACAGGAUGGGUCCAGUGAAUCACCUUAUGGAUAUAAUAUGGGAAUCGACUACAAGACAACUACAAUAUUGCUUGAUGGACGCAGAGUCAAGCUCCAGCUUUGGGACACCUCAGGACAAGGCAGAUUCUGCACUAUUUUCCGAUCUUAUUCCAGAGGGGCACAGGGUGUUAUCCUUGUAUAUGACAUCACAAACCGGUGGUCCUUUGAUGGCAUUGACAGAUGGAUUAAAGAGAUUGAUGAGCAUGCACCAGGUGUUCCCAAGAUCUUGGUGGGGAACAGGCUUCACCUGGCCUAUAAGCGGCAGGUGACCACAGAGCACGCCCAAGCUUUUGCAGAGCGACUGGGGGUCACGUUCUUUGAAGUCAGCCCUCUUUGUAACUUCAACAUCACGGAGUCCUUCACUGAAUUGGCUCGGAUUGUACUCAUGAGGCAUGGUAUGGAACGACUUUGGAGACCCAAUAAAGUGUUGAGUCUGCAGGACCUGUGCUGUCGUUCUAUCGUGUCCUGCACUCCAGUGCACCUCGUGGACAAGCUUCCCCUUCCUGUUGCCUUAAAAAGCCACCUAAAGUCCUUCUCCAUGGCCAACGGUCUCAAUGCCAGGAUGAUGCACGGUCGUUCCUACUCCGUCAUAGCCAGCAGUGCUAAAAAGAGGAACGGAACGAAAAAAUCCAAAGUCAUCUAUCCACCGCUGAGCCCAUCCCAGAACUGUACACAGACAAGCUGCAAGAUUUCAUAGUUUAGUGCAGUUACAAUACACACUUAAAAUGCAAUGUAUACAAGGAGUUCAAACCCACCACCACAGUCUUAUAAUAAAUAAGAAGGUCUAUCUACUGAUCUAUUAAGUGAUUGACCAAACUUCACUAUGUCAGUACAUAAAAGUGAAGUUGUAAAAGUGAAGAUCUGUUUAUAAGUGUUGCCAAGACUUUGUAAUGCUCUACAUUGUUUAAAUAUAUGUACAAGUUCUUUUGUCUUGUAAAUGUAUUGAAACUUGAUGGUACUGGAUUUUUUUGUGGAGAACUCUUUUGCUACUGAACCUGGACCAAGCCAACUGCAGAAACAGAAAGUGACAGUACACUUUCAAAAUGGACCUUACUGAUAAUAAUACCAGCUUAAUUUGCCUACACUUUUCAGGGGCUAUGAGGAAAAAGUCAUGGUUGACACACACAGCUCUUUGUAUUGUGUAUAUAAUCUGUUUCGUUUGAUACUACAUUGUUACAAUUACUAAUUAUUGUGAUACACUUGAUUAGUGGCCAAUAUUGUACGUUUAUGGGAAACACACCAAAGACAUGGGAGAUUAAUGCAUUGAACACAACACUAAUGUAUCAGAUUUAAAGUGCAAGCAAACACAACUUUCUAUUCUAACAUGCUAUCAUAUCAGGUUUAAAAAAUAAACGAAUGAUUAAACCA